GGCGCUUCUGUGGGGCAGCUUCGACGGGCGGGAGGGGCUGCGGGGGAGCUUGGGAGUUCUGGUUCUACUUCUGUUUCCGCUGGUGUGGCCAUGGCUCAGAGCCUGAAGGACUUUGCUGGGCGAUUGCCUGCUGGCCCUCGUGGAAUGGGCACGGCCUUGAAGCUGCUGCUGGGUGCUGGUGCUGCAGCCUAUGGCGUCCGGGAAUCUGUCUUCACCGUGGACGGUGGCCAAAGAGCAAUAUUCUUCAACCGUAUUGGAGGAGUUCAGCAGGACACCAUUCUUGCUGAGGGACUGCAUUUCAGAAUUCCAUGGUUCCAGUACCCAAUAAUUUACGACAUUCGAGCUCGGCCCCGCAAAAUCUCCUCACCCACUGGUUCCAAAGAUCUACAGAUGGUGAACAUCUCCUUGCGUGUCCUGUCACGUCCCAAUGCUGCAGAGUUGCCCAGCUUAUACCAGCGCCUGGGUCUCGACUAUGAAGAAAGGGUCCUACCUUCCAUUGUCAAUGAAGUUCUCAAAAGUGUGGUAGCAAAGUUCAACGCCUCACAGCUCAUUACCCAACGAGCUCAGGUAUCUUUGCUGAUCCGGCGGGAGCUGACAGAACGGGCCAAAGACUUCAGCCUGAUUCUUGAUGAUGUGGCUAUCACAGAGCUGAGCUUCAGCCGCGAGUACACAGCAGCAGUGGAGGCCAAGCAAGUAGCUCAGCAAGAAGCACAGCGGGCCCAGUUUCUAGUCGAGAAGGCCAAGCAGGAGCAGAGGCAGAAGAUCGUUCAGGCUGAGGGAGAAGCCACUGCUGCCAAAAUGCUUGGUGAAGCCCUCGGCAGGAAUCCCGGGUAUAUCAAGCUGCGCAAGAUCCGCGCUGCCCAGAACAUCUCCAAGACGCUCGCUGCAUCCCAGAACCGUGUUUAUCUCACUGCUGACAAUUUAGUGUUGAAUCUACAGGAGGAGAGUUUUACUAGGUAA